AUGAAACCAUUCUUUAAGCAAUCUUUAUCCUCUGGCUGGGUAUUCAAGCAGGCCGACGAUCUCUCUCCAAAUACAUGGCUUCCAGUUCCGUCGAUUCCGUCAGUCGUACAUCAAGACCUUCUGGCUCAUAAAAAAAUUGCGGAUCCUUUCAUCAGCUUCAACGAGCUCGAUGCGGAGUGGAUUAGUGAAAAGUGCUGGACUUAUCGCACGAAAAUACAGAAACCAUCUAUUCCAGAUGGGGCAAAGGCCUUUCUCGUGUUUAAUGGUCUCGACACAUUCAGUACCGUCUAUCUAGAUGGAAAACCUAUAUUGGAAAGCGACAACAUGUUUCUAGCGCAUAGAGUAGACGUGACUGAACAGCUACUCAAGAACGACAAAGAGAAUUGCACUUUAGAAGUUACAUUCGAUUCUGCAUUACUCAAAGCACGUGAAAUUCAGAAGAAGUAUCCGGAUCACAAAUGGAUCAGCUUCAACGAUGAGACAGCAAGACUCGCGGUACGCAAGGCACAGUAUCACUGGGGAUGGGAUUGGGGCCGGAUCUUGAUGACAGCCGGUGUCUGGCGAGAUGUUCUUUUGGAAGUUUACACUUGUAGAAUCGCCGAUAUCUGGGCUGAAAUCAAGCUUUCCAAUAAUCAUCGCAUUGCGCAUGUGACAGCUUAUGCGAGGCUUGAAGCUAGCAAUACCCUGAACGAAUGUCAAGGGACAUUUUUAUUGACCUUUCAGGGCGAGGAAGUCUCUCGCCAGAUAGUUCCGUUGAAGUGUGAUGGUAAAUACAAGACAACAUUUACUGUGGACCAGCCAAAAUUAUGGUGGCCAAAUGGAUAUGGCGAGCAGAACUUGUAUGAGUUGACAUUCGCGAUAACACGCGGGGGUGAUAGUACUCUUCAUCAGUCAACUAAAAAAAUAGGUAUCCGGACUGCAGAGGUUAUUCAGAGACCGGACAAACAUGGAAAGUCGUUUUUCUUUCGAAUCAAUGAAGUUGAUAUUUUCUGUGGUGGUUUAUGUUGGAUUCCAGUGGACAGUCUUCUUCCUCGAAUCCCCAUAGUUGGUUGCGGACCAAUUUUCCAGCGCGUUUUAUAUAUACACCGGUGGAAUGUGUGGCAUGGCCGCCAGGAGAAGUAUCAGAUGUUCGGUACCAUCGGCGGACAUUUCAACAGUGAAUUUGGCAUGGAGGCUUUCCCACAUCUCGAAACCAUUAAAUAUUUUGUCGAGGACAACAAAAAUCUAUAUCCGCAGUCCAAUGUUAUUGAUUUUCAAAAUAAAGCUGAUGGACAUGGAAGACGACUACCCACUUAUCUCGUGGAAAAUCUCCGAACCGCGACUGAUUUGGAGACCUACAUUUAUCUGACGCAAGUCGUCCAAGAAGAAACGAUGAUGUUCGGCUAUCGAGCGUGGCGACGUCAGUGGGGAGACGUUCACGGCCUUGUUGAACUCAAAUUUAUUUCUAUUGCUACCGGGCUUGAGGUCCGAGACCGCAUCGUGCAUGAGAACGUUCGGCUGGCUGCGAACGGGACAACCAAUAUCAUCCUAGACGGUCUCAUUGAUCAUACCAAGUAUUCGGAGCAACACGUACUUGCAGCGCGUUUGUGGGUUGAUGGACGGUUGGUCGCAAGAAAUGUUGACUGGCCACAGCCAUUCAAAUACCUGGACUUCGUAAGCGAUAGUGCAAUUGAUAUUGUACCUGGCGACGAUCCGAUUGUUAAGAUUAAUAAUCUGAAGGCGGGUGACAGCCUGUUGAGAUGGAAAUAUCUCGGACAGUAG